AUAAGCUAUAAAAAUCAGUUGUGAAUUCGUUUUUAAUUAUUUAAUAUUAUUUUUGCAUUUAUAUCCAACAACUCCCACAAAUUCCAAACAAAAAACACAAUCAAACUUCAACAACAACCCAAGUUUCUUUGUUUCAUUAAAUUCUCAGAAAAAAGAAAAAGUUGAAAAAAAUGGGAAACCGUUUAAUUUGCAUGACAAAAAAAGAUUCAAAAGAAGUUGGAUCAAGAAGCAAAAGAAUGGGUGGUGGUGGUAGAUCACAGAGGAAACUUGUUACUGAAGAAGAAUUGCAUCUUCAAGCUUUAUCUAUGGCACUUCAACAACAUUCUCAGAGGUUUGAAGGUUCUAUGUCUAGAAGAAUUGGUUCUACUAGCUCUAGAAGACGUACUUUACCUGAUUCUGUUCCAGUCAACAAACAGGAUCCAGAACUUCUGGUGAACAUUAAAACAAAGAAGUUUGUAUUGAUCCAUGGAGAAGGCUUUGGAGCAUGGUGUUGGUACAAGACUGUUGCUCUUCUAGAAGAAGUAGGACUUCAGCCUGUUGCAUUAGAUCUUACAGGAUCUGGAAUUGAUCUUACAGACAGCAACAAUGUCACUACAUUGGCAGAAUAUUCAAAACCUUUAACUGUUUAUCUUGAAAACCUUCCUGAGGACGAAAAGGUUAUUCUUGUUGGUCAUAGCAUUGGUGGUGCUUGCAUUUCUUAUGCUUUGGAACACUAUCCACACAAGAUCUCAAAAGCGAUCUUCCUUUGUGCUACAAUGGUGACCGAUGGUAAAAGGCCGUUUGAUGUUUUCGCUGAUCAGCUAGGAUCUGCUGAACAGUUUAUGCAAGAAUCAAAAUUUCUGAUCCAUGGUAAUGGUAAAGAAAAGCCCCCGACAGGAUUUAUGUUUGAGAAAGAGCAGAUGAAAGGCUUGUAUUUUAAUCAAUCCCCAACAAAGGAUGUUGCUUUAGCCAUGGUUUCAAUGAGACUUAGUCCAAUUGGUCCACUCAUGGAGAAGCUGUGUUUAUCUCCUGAAAAAUAUGGUACUGCUCGCCGUUUUUACAUUCAAACGCUAGAUGAUCGUGCUCUUUCACCAGAUGUCCAAGAGAAGCUUGUGGGGGAAAAUCCACCUGAAGGAGUUUUCAAAAUCAAAGGCAGUGAUCAUUGUCCAUUCUUCUCCAAACCACAAUCUCUCCACAAAAUAUUAGUUGAAAUAGCUCAAAUUCAGUAACUAGCUUAAUGAUCAACAAUACAUGAUUUGUUACUUUUAUCUUUCCAUCUCCCAACUCACCAAAUUAAAGAAUAGAGUUCACAUGGCCCAGCUGGGAGAUGAGUUAGAUUUUAUUUUUUAUAAUCAUGAAAUAUAAUAGAGGAAGAUCUUGAUUUAUUGCCUUUGAGACAAUUUAGUAUUUAACUAGUGAAGGACUUCUGUAAGCUUCUCUUAUAUUUUUGGUUCAUAUGUAUAGUACAGUAAAAUUUUAUACUUUAGAUUUUGACUUUGGCAACCAAUGUUUAUUGUUUAUUCAA